AUGACUUUGGAAUAUCCACUUGGGAAAGUCACUACCCCUCAACUACAGGCCCUUGCUAAGGUUUUGUGGUCUUGGUUCAUAUAUAAGAAUACGCUUUGCAAGACCCCAAAUUGCUCGUGGUCUAGAUCAACAACGCUCAGUCGAUAUUUCGAGUUUUUCAAGAUAUCCACAAGUGGCUACAAGUGCAAUAUAGUUCCUGGUCAGUCUCCGGGUCUGUCAUCUUACAAUGACUUAUUCCGAAUGAUUGAACAAUUGAAAUCCAGCCCUGAGCUCAGCAAAGCAGAGUUACUGGAGAAAUUCUUUACCGAUCGACCCACGCGACCGUAUCAAGAGCGUGCUCUCAAUCUAGCUGUUCAGGUGGUGAUGAUGAUCAACUGCUCUGUAUUCCGCCAAUCUUCCGUCUUGCUAGAGUACGGAAACGAACAAGCGCGUUGGCAUCUCAAUGACACGUUUUUGCAGUUUCUCAACGACGUAUUCCCAAAAACAUUCCAUCCAAGCAUUGAUGAAAUUAAAAGCGAACUUUUGGCGACCAAGUUGAAGAAGAAUGCGCGGUUGGAAUUUCGGCCAACAGACGACUUGAGAAAUCAUUUGAGACUUGACAGAAAAUUAGGAGUUGUCGAAAUUUUCCACCAUACUGCUUUCUUAAAAGAGCAAUUGAGGCUUACGAAAGAACAACCGCAAAGUUUAUCUGUAUCCGAUCUAAUUCGAAUUGGCGGGCUACCUCGUGCACUUGUUAUCGAGGUGCUGGAUUCAAUACAAAAGAUUCUUUUCCCCCUCGCAGAUGUCAAAACUAAAGAGCUUCUAUUAUCCCUUACUUCGCCAUCGACUUGCAACUUCGAUACCGAUAUGCUCAGGUAUGAGAGCGCGUCAAUUCGCAACCCAGAGGAGCAGAAUAUCCAGUAUCAUUAUUUCGGGGCACGGUUGGCAGAUCCAUACCGAGAAUUGAUAAAUCCCACCCCGAGAGGUCUUGAGAAAUGGUUCGAGAGAAAAAGUAGCCCAAGAUUCGUGAUGAUGGCUACCAUCGCUGGUGUUAUGUUUGCGAUUUUCCUAGGGUUGUUGAGUCUGGCUUUGGGCGGCUUUCAGGCUUAUGUUGGGUAUAUGGCAUGGAAACAUCCCGUUCAAAUUUCAACUGGUUCACAACAAAGCUAAUAGUUGCAAGAGUUAAAGAUUAUAAUGGAAUUUGUGUUUUGUGAAGAGUUCAGUAGAAUGAUUCAGGUGCACGUUUAUCGCGCAAGACCAAGGUUAUCAUCACAUGACAUUGUUUGGCUUCAAGCUACUAUUCAGCAACCGUGUCAUGGAUAUGCCCACACAUUCGAUGAUGGUACAAUUUCUAGAAGUCUGCCCGACGUUAAAGAGAGCUAUUCAUGGUGUCGUGUUGGGACAGAUAGUAACGAGGUUCGAGUCUUCAGUGCCUUUUGUGAUAUUUAGCCACUCCCUAAAUCGCUGAAAACUCGAAU